AUGGGCCUGAAGCCCACCGAACUGCUCCCCCUGUCGUCCCUCCUGUUCUUCUUCCCGAAAACCCUAACUUUCCCUUCUCCUUCGUGGCCUUCGACUCCCAGUUCGCCGGGUAGCCGUGUAGCAGCCAGCAGGAGCUCUUCAAGUGACCGGGACGACCACAGUGGUAGCACGCCUUGGUUCCAGUCCCGCUCAUUCCUCCUCUGCCUCCUCCCUGUCCUCCGUUGUCAUCAUGGCUCUCGACCAUGUAAGAUGACUGGUCAACUCCGACAGCCUCAAUGCUGCCCUUUCCCAACGAUUCUUCACCUUUCUCCAUCUCUACCAACACUCACAAGCGACAACAGUUACCCUAGACAAGAAAAGAAAUUCGGAGCCGACCCGAAUGAUGAAAAUGCUUCCUCUGCCUCAGAAAAUGCGGGGUAUCUUUCAGCUGAAAGAUGUGAAAUUGGGUGAGGGAGGGACCAGAGAGGAGGAGGAGAACAUAUUCGACCGAGGAAGGGAAAAAAGCAGGGAACUUUGCUUUGCUUUGGCUUUGGCUUUGGCUUUGGUGUGCUCUACCGUCUGCUCUACUUUCGCUUACUUGGAUCUCCCUAAAAAGAUCAUCUUUUCUUCUUCCUCCCUUUGUGACAAAGUGCAGGACGAGCGUUAAAAAUUUGGAUAAAUUUAGACAACACCAUUAUAAUUAGUAAAAUGAUCAUCGAUACGUACUCUUUUAAAAA